UCCGCAGCAGGACUCGGGCAACAGGCACUCUCUCUGCUCUAGUCCAGCCCAGCACUCCGCCGCCGCUAUGGUUGCUGUGCCCACUGCCUGGUGCUCCCUCGCUCUGGCCCUGCUCGUGGCCCUGCACGAAGGUGAGCCAUAGGGCCUCGCCUGCUGCAGCAGCCCCCUGGUCUGCUCAGCGGGGUCUCCCCGCGGGGACCGAGGUGCCCCAUGAGCCAGCUGGGGCCAUACAAGGCGGGAGCCCAGCGGCAGCAGCAGGGGGCUCUGCCAGUAGGCAGGUGCUGCUGGCGGGGCAGCAGCUGGCCCUUCCCACCUGGCUGCUGAGGCGUACCAGCUGGUCUGGAGCUCCUGAGCAGUGAGAGUACCAACUUCCUCCAUUAUGCAAGAGAAGGAGCCUGGCAGGUUCUCCUGUUCCAGCUGUGCCAAGCGUCCUGACCCACCUCUCCACCUCUUUCUCCCUCCUGUGCGCGCAGGCAAGGGCCAAGCCACUGCCACCCAGGAGCAGCCAGUGCCCACACCCCGUGCCCGAGGCUCCCACCUGCGGCCUCGACGUUGCUCCUGCAGCUCCUGGCUUGACAAGGAGUGCGUCUACUUCUGCCACCUGGACAUCAUCUGGGUGAACACUCCUGGACAGACAGCUCCUUACGGCCUGGGAAACCCGCCAAGGCGCCGGCGCCACUCUCUGCCAGGACGCUGUGAAUGUUCCAGUGCCAGAGACCCUGCCUGUGCCACCUUCUGCCAUCGAAGGCCCUGGGAUGAAACAGAGGCAACCCCAAGCACUGGGUCCUCUGCAGACACGCUCCAGGCUGACAAGACGUGGACCACUGCAGGAGAGCUGCUCCAGCGGCUGAGGGACAUUUCUUCUGCCAAGAUACGCUUUGCUAGGCGACAGCAGGAGGCCACAAGAGAGACGAGGCCCACACACCCCAGGCGGAGGAAGAGAUAGUGUUGGGAGCCGCGGAGACUUGGGGAAGAAAGUCUGCGUGGAGAUGGGAAGAGAGAGGCUCCCCAGACAGGGAGACGCUCCACCCGUGUCCUGGGCCAGGAAACCCGCCUGCGGGGACUGGCAGAGCUCCGGCCUCCUCCCCAGGUGAGGGAGCCACCCUCAGGCAGCUCCGAGACGUCGCACUGCCCGGGAAAGCCUUCGGCUCCCGGGCUGCAGAGCAGCCUCCUGGCCUGGCUCUGGUCCCACAUCCUUGCUGAAAAGAACUUAGCCUGGAGGCCACGUCCCGAGAGGGGUCCUGCCUGAUGGCUGCAAACCAGGAGUGACACGCAGGGAUGGACGCUCACACCUGAGCCAGCCCUGAGCACUGGACGGGUCUGCCCAGUGGCCGGUGUCCUGGACGCCCUCAUCUGUCCCCUCCAGCUCUCCCUCCCCGGAGUCCUUGUACCCUCAUACCCUCGGGACGCUCUUGGUGAGAAGGGCCUGUUCUGCUUCACUGUUUGUAUAUAACUUAUUUGCUAUAAGAACUUUGAGAAUUCCAGUUAUUUAUUGUAUUUUUUUAGACUCUCAAUUAUUUGCCUACAAACUUGUGUUUGUAAUAAACAAUGAAAUGGU